CCGUGGUGGUCUCAGAUUGUACCAUUGUGUAGGUUAUGUACAAUUGUGUUGUUGCCACUUACAAUCACCAAAGCCCGUUUGAUAAAUAUUACGCACAGAUAGAACAUGUGCCUAACGCCGCAUAGUGCACAAACACAAGUCGACCAAUACUCGUGGUAACCCUGGUCGUUGUUCCGUCUAAUCUCUCUUUUAUACCACAGAAAAUAAACGCAGUCUACCCGAAUUGCAUUUUCCUAUAUUUUUUAAAAUGAAAGCCGUCGUACAGAGAGUAAUAAAAGCAAAUGUAACAGUCGAAGGUGAAGUUAUUAGUUCCAUUGGUAAAGGACUUUGUGUUUUAAUUGGAAUAUCGAAAGAUGACACCAAAAAGGAUAUGGAAUACAUAGCACGUAAACUUCUCAGCAUACGACUUUUUGAAAAUGACCAAGGAAAAAAGUGGCACUUAAGUGUGAAAGACAAAGGAUAUGAGAUUCUCUGCAUAAGCCAGUUCACACUCUAUCAUGUUUUGAAGGGCAACAAAUUGGACUUUCAUAAUGCAAUGGCAGCAGAGAAGUCUGAAGCUUACUAUAAAGAAUUUCUGGACCUCAUAAGGGUCCAGUAUCAAGCAGAUCUCAUUAAAGACGGUAAGUUUGGAGAGUACAUGCAGGUGAACAUUCAGAACGAUGGUCCAGUUACAAUUGAGUUGCAGUCUCCGCAACAGAAGAAGAAUGUUAGUGACCUUCAAUCUGAUGAUGUUUAAUUUCAGUGUAAAAUAUGCAAAACCUUGUAUAAGUAAUAAAUGAUCUUGUUUAUUA